GUGUUUUCCGUUCAUCUCAAUUCCUUAAACACCGCGUCCAAAUCGAUCGAGGAAACAAUGGUUGUCUUGCCGCUGCCAAAGAUCUCCGUUCCGAUCUCUUGCUUGGCGCCUACAACGAUUACCACUGGAAAAUAUCUUUCAACGACUACGUAUAAAGCCGUACGUCCGAAUCCAAACUCUGUUGGUUUUCGAGAAGUUUCUGUCGGGCAAGGAAGACAGCUGGUUGCGGAUGAUCAAACUUGGAAAAUGGGUCGUGAAGAGAAUUAUGUUGGAGGAAUAAAGAGAUUAAGAUUGGAGAGAGAGGUUGAGAAUGUGAUUCUCCGGUUGGAGGCGGUGGCGAAGAGGGUUGUGGAGGUGGAGACGGAGAAGUUCUUGAGUAAGGUAAAAGGUACAAUAUCGUGCGAAGAGCGAGAAAUGGUGGAGGAGACAAGUUGGGAGAUAAUGAGGCAGUUUUUGGAAAAACCCAUUCGGUAUCUAAGAAGCUGCAGUGAUGGCUGUAUGGAAGAGAAGUUGAAGGUCGUGGAGAUGAUAAUAGAUGGGAUGGUUGAAAAAUCAUGCUUGGAAGAGAAAGCAUAGCAGAAGAAGCUCAAAUUGUCCUUGUUUGAGAAAUUCAUUGUUUAAUUUGUAUUUGCAUUAAUUCUUUCUUUUGCUUUUUGUCCGAGCAAAUAGAUCAUUUAUGACUGUAGAUUUAGGCAUAUUUCACCAAAAUUUUGUAGAUUUGGAAAGUAAGCCACCUUGGUAGCAAGAAACAAUAUUGUUUAAAUAAUUUUCAUUGUAAAGACAUCAACGUGAUCAUUUUUUUAAGGGAACAUCUAUGUCAUUAAUUAAUUAAUCAAUUGUUA